AUGGCGCAGUUUCCGCGAGUCCGCGCCUUUGCUCUGCAUUGUAAUGGCAGGCUUUGUUACCCUGUCCAAAAUGGUAUGACGCUCACCAUCAAGUUUGCAAUCAUAGGAACCAAUAAUAGGAACCCAAUGAUGAGUCCCAAGGCACGCGCCUUUCCGAGCAUCCGGCAGGCGCUCCUGGUGGCUCUGUCCCUGGCAUUUCUGUGCGCCCUACACGGCGCUUGCGCUGUAUAUGUUGCUGCUCUGGCCGCCGGCGCGUACGUAGUUAGCAGGCGGAUGGCCAGCAGACCCUACGGAUUGUUAGGAGUGUGGGUGUAUGCAUGUUGCACGCUGCUGUUGGCGAGGCUCUUGGAGGGGCUGCCGUUCGCCUGGAUCAGCCCCUCACUCGCACACUUGGACCGACACCGCGGCGUCCUCCGCUGGCACAUCCACUACAACCUGCUGGUGCUCCGCUUCAUCUCCUUUGCAUCAGACCUUCACUGGGCGCGAGGGGGAAAACGGAUAUGGCCGCCCUCGCCGGCCGCCCUCGGCGCGGGCGCAGCCACCGCAUCUGCCGGACAGAAAGCCGCGUUGCAAGGGGAGCGAGUCGGCGUUGGUGGUAGCGGCGGGAGCAGUGGAGGAGGAGACGGAGGAACGAGGUUUGGUGACGGUGGUAGCUCCGGCGUGCAGCAGCACGUUGAUGCAGAGCUGCGGGCCUUGUCCGAGGCGCCCCUACCGUUGGCCUACUACAGCCUGAUGCCCUUCCUGGAGUAUUGCAUGUACCCGCCGCUUUACAUCGCCGGGCCCAUUAUAACCUUUAACAGCUUCGCGGCGCAGAGGAUGCUCCGCAGGCAGCGGCUGAUGGGGGCACAACAGGUUCUAGUCUACGCGCUACGUGCCGCCCUGGCCUGGGCUUGCUUGGAGGGCCUUACACACGCGUUGCCGUACAACAGCAUCGCCAAGUACCGAGUAUUAGACAGGCUGGCGGCGAGGGCAGCGGCGACUCCGCAAAUCGACAACAGCGGCGGCGGCGGCGGCGGUUGGUUCCCAGCUCCGCGACCGCUGCAUUACGCCAUCACGGGGUAUUGGGUGCUGGUCUUCAUGUGGCUCAAGUUUACAGUCAUCUGGCGCUUCUUCCGGCUGGCGUCGCUAGCAGAUGGUAUAGUACCGCCGGAGAACAUGACGCGGUGUGUGUGCAACAAUUAUGACAUUGAGGGUUUUUGGCGCAGCUGGCAUGCGUCGUACAACCGUUGGCUGGUUCGGUACAUGUAUAUACCACUGGGGGGCAGUCGCUGGCGAGUAAUCAACGUAUGGGUCAUCUUCACCUUCGUGGCCCUGUGGCACGACUUGGAGUGGCGCCUGCUGAGCUGGGCAUGGCUCAUGGCGGCCGCUGUGGCGCCCGAAAUGAUACUCAAGGCCUUGGCCCGGAGCGCUGCUGCACGCCGCUGGCACGGCAGCGCCGCCUUCCGCCACGUCUGCGCGCUUGCCGCCGCUGUCAAUAUCCUGAUGCUCAUGGCCGCCAACUUGGUGGGCUUCGUGGUGGGAGUGGACGGCAUUCGGCCCCUGAUACGACAGGUACUGGGACAGCCGAGCUUUCUGGCCGUGGUGCUGCUAGCGCUGUUUGCCGCUGCACAGGUGAUGUUCUGGAGGCGGGAGUGCGAGGCGCGAGCCGCGGCCACUGCUACUACCUCUGCCGCAGUAGCAGCAGCGGAGGGUGCUGCGUGCAGCGCUACAACGGCUGCGGGUUGCGGCAGCCGCAUCAGGACUGAAUCAGACAGGAUGUCGGAGCUUUGA